GAUUGGGAAGCGGAAGCACGUGGCGGCUGCUUCAUUGAGCCGCGGCUGCAGAGCGGACAGUGCGGGCAGAGCAGCGGGCAGAGCAGCGAGCAGCACCGGGGACAGCCGAGGAGACUGGGGGCGACAGCAGCACCACCGGACAGCGCCUCGGGCUAGUUAUUACAGAGAAAAGCAGGGAACGAAGGACAGCGCUGGUAUGAUUAAGGAAAAUCGAUGGAGCAUCCCUCCCAACGCCCCGGCUUGCAUGGAGAAGCACUUGGAUUCGGCCCAGUACAGAGCAGACGGGGCGCUGUUGCUCGGGGCGUCCAGCCUGGCCGGCCGCUGCUGGCAGGGUUCCAUCUGGGUGUUCAAGGACCCCAAGACGGCCCCCAACGAGGGGUUCUGCUGUGCGGGGGUGCAGACGGAGGCGGGGGUGGCGGAUGCAAAGUGGGUAUCGGAGCGAGGCAUCCUGGUCGCGUCCGAUUCAGGUGCGGUGGAGCUGUGGGAGCUGGCAGAGGAUGAGACGCUGAUCGUCAGCCGGUUCUGUAAAUACGAGCACGAUGACGUCGUGACCACAGUGAGCCCGCAGGCCGGGGGGGAGCACGCUGUCAGCGGCAGCCUGGACUGCCGUGUGAAAGUUUGGGAUCUGACACAAGAGACGGUACUAAACACAUACAAUGCUCAUUCCGGUCCAGUGAUGUGUGUGUCCUCGAACCCCAGUGACGAGUCCCUGUUCCUGUCCAGCGGGCAGGACGGCAGGCUACUGCUCUGGGACAAGAGGAAGCCCAAACCAGCCUCCCGAAUCGAUACUGGCCCCUCCCAGUGCAUCCCUACCUCAAUCGCAUGGCACCCGCAGCAGAGCGGUCUCUUUGCGUACGGGGAUGAAACCGGGAAAGUUUCUCUGAGAGACUUGCAGAAGCCCGACAGCUUGCAGACGCUGAAGCCACACACUCGCAGUGUGACCGGACUGGCCUUCUCAGCACACAGCACUCCCCUGCUCUCUUCUAUCAGCAAUGACUGCUCUGUUGUAGUUUUGGAUCCUCAGCUGUCAGAAGUGUUCAGGGACAGGACACAUCAAGAUUUUGUGCGUGGCGUGUGCUGGUCCCCCGUCACCAGCUCCACCCUCACCACAGUGAGCUGGGAUCACCAGGUCAUUCACCACACAGUGUGCCAGGCGGGCGUGUAGGGAAGGGGACGAGACACCAGACCAGCGCCGGAGCACGACUGCAAACUUGCUCUGCUAGGGUUACAUUUCAAUAAAUAAAAGAGAAAUGACA